UUCUGCGCCCAAUUUGGAAGCUUUGAUCACCUUGCUUAAAUAAUUUACGACGUAAAUUAUAUGUAAUUUAGGUUUGAAAUGCUCUUUUACUUUUCAUCGAUAUAAACGAUUUGCAAUGAAUAACAGUGAAUGUCAAGCUCCAGACUCCAUAGAAGUGGUCAUUAAUUGCAAUUUGCUCAGGAAUUGGCUUAUCGUCAGUGCUUUCUUCAACGUGGUUUUGUCGGUUUCAGCAACGUUUGGAAAUGGAUUGAUCAUCGUCGCCAUCUUCAAAUCCCAGAACCUUCAAACACCUUCUUACUUAUUGAUAACAAGUUUGGCGUUCACAGAUCUUCUGGUUGGAUUAAUUUACCAUCCCUUUGUAGCCUUUUGCCUUCUCAUGUUGAAUAGAAACCUAACAACAUACCUUGAAACUGCAGAUUUGGUUUUUGCUGGUUUGUCUCUAAGCUUUUUUCUCGCUUUUAUUUCACUACUUAUGAAUGCUUUCAUCAGUAUCGACAGAUAUCUAGCGUUGAGUUUAAGGAACCGAUACAGAAUUUAUGUCACGAAAAAGCGAGUUCGCGUCGCUAUUAUAUUUGGAUGGAUUGGAACUGCUUUUUCUGUUCUAACGCAAAUAAUUUUGUCUUUUCAUUUUGAGAAAGUAAGAAUYUAUAUGGUUAGAUUGUCCGUUGAGCUUGCAAUCCUAAUUAUUACUAUUGCAAUGUAUUCRAUGUCGUUUGUGACUCUUCAUCGCUACACAUUACACGUCCAGGCCCAACAAAACAACUCGUCACAAGGCAACUUUGAUGUCGCRAAAUACCGAAAAACGUUGAAGACGAUGGUCGCCAUAUUGGGAUGUUUUUUCAUCAGCUCCGCUACUCUAGUUGCAGCACCCGUUACUGAAUUUAUUAUUGGAUACAAUAAGGUAGUGAAAUCAAUCAUGGUGAUGAUAAUUGAAAACAGUCGAUGGUUCCAAGGAGRAGGUCGGCCUUUUUCAUAG